CAUUGUCAGUAAUAUUUCUCUUCGGUCUUAUGAUAGCAAAAAUGAAUAUGCAAGAUGAUAACAAAAUUGUAUUGAAGCCUGCAGAAUUGGCUGGUCUCGUAUUAAAAGAGCGAAUAAAGUCAGAACUUAAGAAAACAAGAUCAUGCAGCAAACAAUACAUGCACAUAGGAACGAGUACUGAUGCUGACGCUGACAUUGAAGAGUUGCAGAUUACGAGCAAUAUAUUAGAUGAAAGCGAUAACGACAGUGAAAUGUUGCACAACCGCAAAAUGUGGAGCCGUUGGAGCAAGUGGGGAUCUUGUUCGGUGAGCUGCGGCUCGGGGUUCAUGGUGCGGCGGCGAGCGUGCGUGGCCGGCCGCUGCGCCAGCGGCGAGCGCGAGGAGCAACGCCGCCCGUGCCGCCGCACGCCCUGCCCCUCAACCACGCAGGACUAUGACCUAGAACCAACCACCAAAUCUUUGCUUGUUACAUAACAU